AUGCUUUUACUCCCAGUCAUAUCGAUUGCCUCGCCCUUGGUGGCUUGGGCCUUGCCCAACCUGACAGGCUGGAACAGGGCCAAGGUGUUUGACAUGACGGUGACCUGGCAAAAAUAUGCCCCAGAUGGUCUGGUGAAGCAAAUGUUUCUGAUCAAUGGCAAAUCCCCGGGACCUGCCAUUGAAGUCGAGCAAGACGAUUGGGUUGUCGUGAACGUACGGAAUAAGUCGCCUUUUGGAACAACGGUACACUUCCACGGGAUUGAAAUGGACAAGACCCCGUGGUCCGACGGCGUACCGGGAGUAUCACAGCGUCCAAUUGCUCCAGGGCGCAACUUCACCUAUACUUUCCGAGCCACCCAGUAUGGAAGCUACUGGUACCAUUCCCACUCGCUGGGGCAGAUUGAGGACGGACUCUAUGGACACAUCCUGAUACGCCCAAGGCCAGGUACCAUGAAGCCAUUCCAUAUGAUAUCCCACGAUCCAGGUGCUAUCGAGGGAAUGGAAAGGGCCGAACGGGCUGUACAUGCACUUAUUGUGUACGACCACAUGCACAUCACCUCGGGGGAGAAAGAGGACAUAACACCCGCAGCAGGCGUCGAAAUUACUUGCUAUGACUCGAUUCUCUUUAAUGGAAAAGGAAGAGUUCGGUGCCUGCCAGAGGAUGAACUCAUGUCGCACUUGAGUCCUACGCAAAAGGCUGACCUGGCCUUGGUACCCGGCCAAAAGCUGACCGACAAAGGUUGUCUGCCUCCUAUUGUCCUGGCUGCCUUUGCCGGCGAUGUCACCAAAUACAACGCAAGUGCGAUGCCGGCAACCAUUUAUCAAGGCUGCGAAGAAACGAAUGGCCACACAGAAGUUAUCAGGGCGAAUCUACCUGGCCGAAACGAAUGGCUCGCCCUCGAUGUCGUCGCCGCAAUCAACUUUGUCAGCGGCGUGGUCGCCAUUGACGACCACGACAUGUGGGUGUACGCCAUGGAUGGAUCGUAUAUUGAGCCACAAAAAGUCCAAGCACUCGGCAUGUCGAAUGGCCAGAGAUACUCUGUUUUGGUUAAGCCGACCAGGCCGGGGGACUUUCAGAUCCGGUUUCAUGCCAACAGUGCACCGCAGACCAUUAUCGGAAAUGCAAUUCUUCGCGUGCCGGGUGUUGCUGCAAGCCCGCAAGAACCAAAGCCGUACAUUGAUCUCGUUGGCAACCCGGCAUUUCCUGGAGUUGUGGCAUUCAACCAGACGAUUGCCUAUCCAUACCCCGCCGAUCCCGUUGCCCAAACGGCAGACGCACUCUAUGUGCUCCAUAUGAAGUUGGACGGGUUGUCGUAUCUCUGGGCAUUGAACACGACGGGUCUCAAGCCUAUGGUGGUGGACACGACACUUGAGCCGAUUCUCUUCAGCCCAAACGCGACACAUUUUAAAAAUGCCAUGCUCACGACGAAAAACGAUACGUGGGUGGAUCUUGUCUUGUUUGCCUCGGAAUUCCCCAUGCCACCGCAUCCCAUUCACAAACACGGCGUCAAAAUGUACCAGAUUGGUUCAGGAACGGGCCCAUUCCGAUGGACGUCGGUGGAGGGGGCCAUGAGAGAGAUGCCAGAUCAAUUCAACCUUGUGAAUCCGCCGAAACGGGAUACAUUCACCUCCAUGCCAACCAGAGCUGCCGUGAAUUGGGUGGUUGUACGGUACCAUGUGACCAAUCCCGGGGCGUGGCUACUACAUUGCCAUAUUCAAAACCACAUGAUGGGGGGUAUGAUGAUGGUUAUCCUUGACGGCGUGGAUGCCUGGCCAGAUGUUCCGUCCCAUUAUCUCCAUCAUUCUUAA